AUGACGAAACCAGCCUCAUUCAAACCUACCUUAAUCAUUCACGGCGGCGCCGGCAACAUUCAACGCUCCAAACUACCCCCAGACCUCUACGCCGCCCAUAACGCCUCCCUCCAAUCCUAUCUCCGCUCAACACACACCCUCCUCAAAAAUGGCAGCACAGCACUGGACGCAGCCGUCCACGCCGUCUCCCUCCUUGAAGAUGACCCUCUCUUCAACUGCGGCCGCGGCAGCGUCUUCACAACAGCCGGCACAAUCGAAAUGGAAGCCUCAGUAAUGGUGACAUCCGUGCACCAGUACGACGCAACACAACCAGGCGCAAUUAAACGCGGCGCAGGCGUGAUGGGCGUCCGUAAUGUGCGUCAUCCCAUUCGUCUCGCGCGCGAGUCGCUCCUCAGAUCGGGUGUCGCCGCUGAUGGAACUCCCGCAGAUGACGGAGGGAGUAUGCAUUCUCAGCUGGUUAGUCCGUAUGUUGAGACACUUGCUCGGGAUUGGGGGCUGGAGUUCUGUCCCGAUGAGUGGUUCUUCACACAGAAGAGGUGGGAUGAGCAUAUGAGGGGUUUGAAGGGGGAAGAGGAGCCUGUGUUCUUGAGUCAGGGGACUGUCGGUUGUGUGUGUCUUGAUCAGUGGGGGAAUCUGGCUGUUGCCACUAGUACCGGUGGUUUAACGAAUAAGCUGCCCGGGAGAAUUGGCGAUACGCCUACCUUGGGGGCUGGGUUCUGGGCUGAGGCUUGGGAUGAGAUCGUGUCAGGUGGUGGCGAGGCAGCGCCAGAAGAUUCCGGGGUCGGUGGCUUGCUACGCGACGCGAGGAAUUGGCUGGGGGAUUGCAUGCCGUCGUUCUUGCGAGAUCAGGCCUCACCUAUUUCCUCGUCCCUUUCGGGUGAUAGUUCCUCCCGGGAGCUGGACUUGGGGUCCGAGAAGGCUUGUCAUUCUUAUCAAUCAUCUGCUCCAUACUCUCAUCGGCGGGCUGUUGCGGUCUCUGGGACUGGGAAUGGAGACUCGUUUCUUCGGGUUGCGGCUGCGCGCACGACUGCUGCAAUGCUACGGUUUUCUUCGCCCGGCAAAUUCCCUUCUAGCCUUGCAGAUGCAGUGACGGCUGUUUCUGGACCUGGUGGUGAACUUCAACGUUCCGCCGGCUCCAGGUGGGCUAAGACCGGUGAGGGUGAAGGGGGUAUCAUCGGUAUAGAGGCAGAGCUUACUGUAAAUGGGGCAUCGGAUGUCAAACUACAUCGGGGUAAGGUUGUAUUCGACUUUAAUUGUGGUGGUAUGUGGCGUGCUUGGGUAGAGGAGGACGCUUCUGGUAACGAAGUUGAGAGGAUUAUGGUCUUUCGAAAGCAAUAUCAAUAG